AUACUUCACCAGUGAAACAUCAACUCUAGGAGCAUCUUUCUCAAAAUCCAAUCGAAGGAAAAGAUUAAAAUCACAAUUUGGUGAUUAUGAUUGAUCGCCAUCUUCAACCACUUUCACCACCAAACUCAAUCACUCUUCUUCUUUCUUCCUCACCAAAAUUAGCAUCCAUCUUUGCUCCUUGUACUCGUCUCUGCUUCAACUUUUGCCAUGAGAACCUUUGUUGGAUUUUACGUCCUCUGUCUUUUACUCGGACAACAUCUUCCUUUACUACUAGCAGAUGACGUCAACUUCAUCAACGACUCGACACAGAACCUCUGUUUCGCAACUCGUUUAUCUGACUUCCUCCCACCACCGUACAGCAACAUCUCCGACUCCAUGCCAUGUACACCUCUCUGGAACACAUUCGUCUUAAGGUACUUAGAAAACAGAGACAAUGUCAUGACGAUCAUAGUAUCUGCUCUAUAUACAACCGGGUGGGUCGGAGUCGGAUUCUCAAGAGACGGGAGGAUGGUGGGAUCGAGCGCGAUGGUGGGGUGGAUUACGAAGAAGGGUCAUGCUAAAAUCAAACAGUACUAUCUCCAAGGAACAGAGAGAGACCAAGUCGUGCCGGAUCAAGGAGAAUUACAGUUACAGAAAGUUCCUCCUGUGGUGGCUCUUCACGGAGCAAUGAUUUACUUAGCUUUUCAGGUGAAGUUUACCGUUAGAGUUCCUCGUAGAGCAGUGAUUCUAGCGUUUAGCACAGCUUAUCCCUCGAAGCUAGGGCGUCUGACUAAGCAUGAUGAUAAAACUACUGUCAUCGUCGAUUUCUCCAAAAAAGCAAAUGGAGUAACGUCCAAAGAAACGUCAGAUUCUACGGAGAAGACUAAACAUGGAGUAAUGGCUAUACUCGGAUGGGGUAUCUUACUUCCUCUAGGAGCAAUCCUGGCGAGAUAUCUCAGACAUAGAGACCCUCUUUGGUACUAUCUUCACAUCGGUAUUCAGUUCACUGGAUUUAUCUUCGGUUUAGCCACUGUUAUUCUCGGGAUUCGGCUUUACAAUAGGAUCCAACCAAAUAUACCUGCACAUCGAGGCAUUGGAAUCUUUCUUCUAACCCUCAGUAUUCUUCAGGUUUUGGCUUUCUUUGCGCGGCCACACAAGGAGACAAAGAUGAGGCGAUAUUGGAAUUGGUAUCAUCAUUGGAUUGGGAGAAUCUCUUUGUUCUUUGGAGCAGUGAACAUUGUUCUUGGGAUUAGAAUGGCUUAUAGUGGAGAAGAUGGAUGGAAAAUUGGAUAUGGGUUUGUUUUGGCAGUGACAUUACUUGCUUUUCUUGUUCUUGAAAUAUUCAGGAUUCGUGGCUCUAUUGGUUCACCUUCUUCUCACACGCCUCCUCCUUUUGAGACACAUCCAACUUCUACUAGUAGUGUCUGAUUCAAGAUCCUUUGUUUCUGUACAUACUUUGUUAUGGAUUUUAUUGGGUGAAGUAAUUUUGUUGAGUGAAGUUUGCUAGGACUAGCAUGGUGGAAUUUUUUAUUUUUUUUUCCUAAGGUUUGUGGGUUCUGUUUUUGUUGUUAUUUUGACUUGUAAAUUGGAGUUUUCAAGGUUGCUUUUCAUAUA